AUGCCUUAUCAACAUGAGCUUCGAUGUCACCGUGGUUUUGUUUUACGUGUCUGGUUAAAUAAUGAAAAGAACUUAACAACAAAUACAUGUCUUUGUCCACCUAGUUUUUAUGAUAAUAUGUGUCAAUAUCAAAAUCAACGAGUGAGUUGGACCAUUAAAUUUCGAGUAGUAUCAGACUCUUGGUCAAUAUUAUUUGCAAUAAUUAUUUCACUUAUCGAUGAUAGUGAAGAAAGAAUUAUUCAUUCAUAUGAACAAUUUACUUAUUUGUCAACAAGAGAUUGUAAAAUUAAAUUUAAUAUUUAUCUGCUUUACUCAACUCGACCAAAAAAUGAAGGUAAAAAUUAUGCUAUACAAAUUGAUAUUUAUGAAAAAAUUUCAUUUAUCAAUCGAGGAAGUUUAUUGUUUCCAAUAAUAUUUCUAUUUUUACCUGUUCAUCGUUUGGCAUAUAUAGUAGACAUUCCACGAACCAAUGAAGACAUUCAGAGUUGUUCAAAUUCUCAAUGUAUUCGUGGAAAAUGUGUGAAAUAUUCAAAUAAUCCAAAAAUUGGUACCUUUUGCCAAUGUAAUCCAGGAUGGUCUGGACGAUAUUGUACUAUUCAACAUACUUGCAUCUGUUCAUCUGAUUCAAUAUGUAUUGGUGUCUUAGCUAAUAAUCAAUCUGUAUGUGUUUGUCUUAUUAAUAAAUUUGGUGAUCGAUGUCUUCUUGUCGAUACAAUUUGUCAAAUAGAUAAAAAUUUAACGUGUCAACAUGAUGGUCAAUGUGUUCCUGCUGAUGAAUUUAUGAUAUCGACUAGAAAAUUUGUAUGCAUUUGUCCAAAAGUUUAUAUUGGUGAUCGAUGUGAAAUAGUUGAUAACAAAAUAAUUCUAUCAUUUCAAAAAACUGUUAUUCAAAAAACUUAUGAACGAUCAACAAUAAUUAAUAAAGCGAUAAAUCCAACAGAUCGUUGUCAACAUAUAAAUGAAUUAUUUAAUCAAACAUUUGUUCAGAUGCCUUUUCUUCGUCUCAUCAAAUAUUAUCAUUUACCAUGUCGACACUAUUCAUGA